GCUGUUCCAGACCCCACAUGUUUGUAAUCAUCAUAACCUCAAAGCAGUUGUGACAGUGCCUACCCUUGUUUUCGACAAAUAAAUAACAAAAAUUCUAUUCCCUGAGUGAGGAACAUAAAUAAAAAAUGUUGCGAAGACAAGCUCGAUUGAGGCGGGAGUAUCUCUACCGCAAAUCCGUUCAAGAUAAAUUGAAAAACAUUCAGGAGAAGAAAGAGCGGUUGAAGAAGAGCCUUGAGGAGAACACACCGAUCCAUCCGGAUCUUCGCAAAACAGCACUUUAUCUCCAAAGAAAAUCUGAAUGGGAGGAUGCAGGUCCAGAGCUGGCGGCGGUGACGGGAACGGAGAUGGGAGGAACAACGGGAGACCACGAGGACGAUGAGUACCGUUGGGCAGGUGUAGAGGAUCCAAAAAUCGUGAUAACAACGUCCCGAGAUCCCAGUGCUCGUCUGAAGAUGUUUGUCAAAGAGCUGCGUCUCAUUUUCCCCAACUCCCAGAGAAUGAAUCGAGGAAACUACGAAAUGAAGCAGCUGAUCCACGCAUGUCGUGCCAAUGAAGUAACAGAUUUUAUCAUUGUCCACGAGCACAGGGGUAUUCCAGAUUCCCUGGUGAUCUGCCAUUUGCCUUACGGUCCAACAGCGUACUUCACAAUGACCGACGUCGUCAUGAGACACGACAUUCCCGACAUUGGAACAAUGUCCGAGCAGUACCCACACCUCAUCUUCCACAACUUCAAGGGCAAACUUGGUGACAGAGUGACAAGUAUCUUGAAGUAUCUGUUUCCAGUUCCCAAGGAGGACAGCAAACGAGUCAUUACAUUUGCCAAUCACGACGAUUAUAUCUCGUUCAGACAUCACAAUUACAAGAAAAUUAAUGGAAAAGACGUGGAACUGGUGGAAGUGGGCCCCAGGUUUCAACUGAAGCUGUAUGAAAUAAAAUCAGGGACUCUGGACGCAGCUGCUGCUGCUGAUACCGAGUGGGCCCUCAGGCCCUACAUGAACACGAGCCACAAGAGGAGAUUCCUCUCUCAGGAUGAUGGCUGGCAGCAGGAGGAUGACUUGUAAAAUUUUAUGCAGUUUAUUAGAUUAAUAAAAUGUCAAUUUUUUAUU